UAUAAGAAGAACCAUAUAUCUCUACAACAGUUAAAAUAACCUUUGUUGUUACUACUCAUAUUUUGCAUCAAUGGCUUUCAAGUCUUCGAGUUUGUGGAAAUCUAUGGCUGCUCGUGUUAGCGCAAAUUCUGCAUUUGCAAAAUCAAAUGUUACCAAAUGGAGGUCAUACGCCAGUACUGCUGAGCAUCCAGAAGCUAAGCACAGGGGAUCCAUGAAAGGAGAUUUCGUUCCGGUGUACGUAUCGCUGGGACUAAUAGCGCUAUCGGUGGGUUUUGGGUUACAAACUGCGAAGCAUCAGCUGACUCGGGCACCCAAUGUGUCUGUGAAGAAAUCAAGGAGGGAAACUAUACCCGAAGUCACUGAACCGGAGGAGGUUGUAGACGAAGCAGUCAAAUUCAUAAGGAAAUCCUUCUUCCGAAGAGUGGCUCAUGUUCAGGAUUUUGAUAAUCAAUCUGUCAUGCAUUAUCCUAUACGUGGGGAUGUUCUUGCAAGGGAACCUCACACUGAGACAUUGAAAUCCGUGGGAGUGAAUCCGUAAUUGAAAUAAGCUUUAUGCAUUUUGGAUCCAAGAUUUGCAAAUUGGAGAAUACAUUGAAGGCGAUGUGGCGACGUUUUCUCAUACUUUUUGAAGAGACGUAUAUAUAGCGUCGCAGCAUUAAAUAAAUAAAAAUGCCGAUAUGUAUGUAUGUAUGUAUGUAUUUCCAGCUAAUUAUGUUAUUAGUUGAACAAACAGCAGUUGUAUGCUUUACUUGGAUUUUAUGCUAGCUUUAAAGUUCUAGAAACAAGGCUGGAUAGCAAGUUUUCACUA